CACCUCGAUUUGUCAGCAAUUUCUCCGUUUAGCCGAUCAGCGGGACCGUGCUCCGGAAAUAAGAACACCAGCAGCACGAAAAGAGAAAGAGGAGGGGUGAAAAGAGAAAAGAAAUCCCUAACCCCCCCCCCCCCCCACUUCGAUCCAGUCAAGCCCUAGCCCCGAAUCCCCCUCGGAGCAGCAAACUGAAUCGAUUCGAUUCCUGCAUGGCAGGUUCUGUCUGCUUCUUGUGAUUGCAGGCAUCGUCUUGACCUACGCGGUGCGCGCAGCCAUGGAGCCGCGCAUCGGCAACAAGUUCCGCGUCGGCCGCAAGCUGGGGAGCGGCUCCUUCGGGGAGAUCUACCUCGGCACCAACGUGCAGACCAACGAGGAGGUCGCGAUUAAGCUCGAAAAUGUCAAGACAAAGCAUCCUCAAUUGCUGUAUGAGUCAAAAUUAUACAGAAUACUUCAAGGAGGAACUGGAAUUCCAAAUGUUAAGUGGUUUGGUGUUGAGGGGGAUUACAAUGUUUUGGUAAUGGACUUACUGGGACCAAGCCUUGAAGAUCUUUUCAGUUUUUGUAACAGAAAGCUGUCCCUCAAAACUGUUUUGAUGCUUGCUGAUCAAAUGAUCAACCGAGUUGAGUUUGUUCAUUCCAAGUCUUUCUUGCAUAGAGAUAUCAAGCCAGACAAUUUUCUCAUGGGUCUUGGAAAAAGAGCAAAUCAGGUUUACAUUAUAGAUUUUGGACUCGCAAAGAAGUACAGAGAUACAUCGACACACCAGCACAUUCCAUACAGAGAGAACAAGAACUUGACUGGAACAGCAAGAUAUGCAAGUGUGAAUACCCAUCUUGGAAUUGAACAAAGCCGGAGGGAUGACAUGGAAUCUCUUGGAUAUGUACUGAUGUACUUCUUGAGAGGAAGCCUUCCGUGGCAGGGUCUAAAAGCUGGGAACAAGAAACAAAAGUAUGAGAAAAUCAGUGAAAGGAAAAUUGCUACUUCAACUGAGGCCCUCUGCCGUGGAUAUCCUACUGAAUUUGCUUCUUACUUCCAUUACUGCCGCUCACUACGUUUUGAAGAUGCACCAGACUAUCAGUAUCUGAAAAGAUUAUUCAGAGACCUUUUUAUUCGAGAAGGCUUUCAGUUCGAUUAUGUUUUCGACUGGACCAUUCUAAAGUAUCAACAGUCACAGAUGACCAGUGCUCCUCCCCGUGCAAUUGCUCCAGCUGUAGGACAAAGCUCUGGGAUGGCUCCUGUGGCAAACAAUAAUAGACAUUCAGCGACUGAAGAGGGAAGGAGAAGUGGCUGGUCAGACAUGGACCCAAUGCGACGUCAGGUUCCACCACCAGCUAUCAAUGCAGGCAGCCUAGCCAAGCAGAAGUCUCCUGUUCGGCAUGAGCAAUCCACAUCAAAAGAUGCUGUGUUCUCCAGUUCGACUUUUUUGGGACGUUCAAGCGGAUCCUCAAGGCGACCUGCUGUCUCUAGCAGCCGAGAACCAAGCACUGAAGCGGACCAAGCGCGUAGUCGUACAACUGAUGCAAGCCCAGGGGCAUUCCAGAGAUCUGGAGCUCCACGGUGGAGCCCACGGAUGCCUGACUCCACGGACGGCAGGCGUUCGGCAUCUGGCAGGCACCACUCAUCUAACGCUAAGAAUUAUGAAUCCACGAUCAGGGGCAUCCAGAGCCUAAAUUUCGACGGUGAUGACAGGGUUCACUACUAGCAUCUCUCAGAACCUGACAGGGUGUAUCAUCGGUGUGCGGCCCCCAUGAUGCUCCCAUGUACCACCGCCUGCUGAAGUGGAAGUACGAAAGACUGGCAAAUAAAAUGUUUGGCUGGGUGAGUCUAAGCUGCCGUGGCUCCUAGGAACCAAGGCGAUGGCUAUGCUUAGCCCCGUUGUACAGGUUCCCAUUUGUUUUAUUGCGUGGGCAGAGUCCCUUGAAUCAUGCUGUAUUUAGACAAAAAAUUCUGCAGGUUCGCAUUGAUGUGCUUAUUUGGUUCAAAUGCCGCUUGGGGAAGUUGGGGAUGCUUUAAACAUUUGGGAGAGGUUUAUGCUGCCUGCUCUCAUGUAACUCUAGUUUCCACAACUGUUAUGUCGGUUCGUCUCUGAGAAGUUAUGCCGCCUGUGACAAAUCUGAAAAAAUGUGUCCUUGUGAUGUUAGCAUAGAGGAGUGCAGUGUAAUGUGAUCAUAGUUUUGAACUUUGAAUGGCAACCGGCGGGUCUGCUAAUAAUAUUUUCUUUGCUGAAUGCGUAAA